AUGCAGCAGUUUAUGCAGCAAUUUAUGCAGCAGCUGAACAUGCAGCCAAACAUACAGCAGCCAAACAUGCAGCAGCCAAACAUGCAGCAGCCAAACAUGCAGCAGCCAAACAUGCAGCAGCCAAACAUGCAGCAACCGAAUAUACAGCAGUACCCGUUCCAGCAGCCGCAACCAUUCCAGCAGCCGCACCCGUUCCAGCAGCAGCAGUUCCAGCAGCAGCCAAUGCAGUAUACGAAUAUACACUAUCCGAAUAUACAGCAGCCAGGCAAUAAUGAUGAUUCGGAGGAAUUAUGA